AUGAAAGCCAUAUUCAUUCGGCUGCUUCGGGCGCCGGAGGGUGCUGUGGGUUGCGUGCUGCGGCCCGGGCGUUCAAACAGGAGCGGGACCCCGCUCCAGAUUGCGGCUGGGAAGAGGCGGGCCGAGCGCGCUGUGGGAAUGAAAGGAAAUGCGGGGGAGGGUUGUAUGGAUGAGCUGCAUAAGGUAAUGAUGGCGGUCUGGCAGUUGCACGUUUUGUCGAAAAAGCGAGUUCCUUUCACGCAGGUUUUGUUCCUUCAUGAGGUUUGGCAAGAGGGUGAUCCUCUGCUUACUGAUCGUGUUUGGGAAGCGCUUGUGAAGGCUUUUGCUUCCCAAAUGAAGUCGGUGUACACCGCCUCGAGUUUCGUUAAGGAGAUUUUUACUCAUGGGUACCCGAAGUUGUUUACAAUGGUUGAGAAUCUUAUUGAUAGGGUGUCGAGGGAUACCGAGGUGAAAGGGGUUCUUCCUGCGAUUAGUUCUGAAGGAAAGGAUCAAAUGGUGGCAGCCAUUGAUAUUUUUCAAACUGCUUAUCUUGCUCAGUGUUUGAGUAGGUUAUCUGAUUACGUUAACAAUGUGUUCCCGAUGGCUAGUAUAUCCAGUAGAGGCAUAAUUCCAUCGAAAGAUCAGAUUUCGAAGAUUGUGUUGAGGAUUCAGGAGGAGAUUGAGGUGGUUAAGCUUCAUGGGCAUUUGAUGCUUCUUGUGUUGCAUGAGAUUCGAAAGGUUUUGAUGUUGUUGGCUGAGAGAGCUGAGUACCAAGUAUCCACUGGUUCUGAGUCUAAGCAGGUUACUGGUUCUGCAACUGCUGCUCAGAUCAAGAACUUUGCUCUCUGCCAACAUUUGCAGGAGAUUCAUACUAGACUUAGUGCUACUGCGUCCUCUCUUCCUGCUGUUGCUGCUGAUGUAUUGUCUUCUCCUCUCAGUGUGAUCUAUGGUGUUGCUUGUGAAUCAGUAACCACUCUGUUUCAGGCAAUGCUUGAGCGUCUUGAGUCUUGCAUCCUUCAAAUGCACACACAGGACUUUUCGGGUCAUGGAAUGGAUGCUGGAAUGGACAACAAUGCAUCGGCUUAUAUGGAUGAGCUUCAGAAGUCUACAAUACACUUUAGGAAUGAGUUCUUGUCGAAGCUGCUGCCUUCUUCCUCAGCUUCUCGGUCUGAGACUAUUUGUACCCAGCUUGUUCGGAGAAUGGCUUCUCGGGUCUUGAUUUUCUUUAUCAGACAUGCUGCGUUGGUGAGGCCUUUGUCUGAAUCUGGCAAGCUGAGGAUGGCUAGGGACAUGGCUGAGCUUGAACUUGCAGUGGGUCAGAACUUGUUCCCAGUUGAGCAGCUCGGUGCACCUUACAGAGCUCUUCGUGCCUUCCGCCCUGUAAUCUUCUUGGAAACUUCGCAAUUGGCUGGGUCUCCUCUGCUACAAGAUUUGCCUCCAAGCAUUAUACUACACCAUCUGUACUCUAGGGGACCUGAUGAGUUGCAGUCACCCAUGCAGAGGAAUAAGCUCACACCUCUUCAGUACUCUCUGUGGCUGGAUUCACAAGGGGAGGAUCAGAUUUGGAAGGGAAUUAAAGCAACACUAGAUGAUUAUGAGAUGAAAGUUAGGGCUCGAGGAGAUAAGGAGUAUAGUCCAGUAUAUCUUCUUAUGCUGCAGAUCGGGUCCUCAUUGGCUGAUUCUGCUUCGUCUCAAUAAUGAUACAAAGGUCUCCUAAGUGCUUAAGAGUUCUGCUUUCCACAUUUGCGUUGAAAGAAGGUUGGAUGUACUUAUCAAUCCUUGCAUGUUACACAUGCAUACAAACUAGUCUCUUGUUGGAUGAAAAUUCUACGGUGCACAUGCUGAGUAGUCAGCAGCUUCUCAUUAUUUGAAGAGACUAUUCAAAUGAAUCAUGCGGUUCAUCUUCAUUACCUACAUAAUUUUCGUCUAGAUGAUGCAGCUGAGGCGGCUUAUAUCCUUGUAUAUUCUGUUUUAACUGCAAUUGAAAAUCUAACUGCUAGCAAACUGCAGGCUACUAUGAUAGAAACCCCGGAAUGUGUGAAGACAAGAAAGAGUGCACCGGUUAAGAAGGUCUUCUUCUUCUCCUGGGAUAAUGGCAUCAGUCUGGAAGUUUGACGAGGAAGAUGAAGAUGUUAUUUUUCUAGCUUGAUGUAACAAGGCAAUGGCUUUGAUAUUUGUAGCAACCUGUACCUUAGUUUGACGGGUAAAAGAGUGGUUUUGAGCCUUUCUUGUUUGUGUGCCUGUUGGUGACUCUUGUGUGAGUUUUGUAUUUGAACACCAAACCUGCUCAAGUAUUAUUCAUUCUGAGAUUCAUGGAAAGGUUAUUUCGACAUGA